AUGUCAUUACCUGCUGAACACACUAAUAAAAGAGCUGCUGAAGAAGAUAUCGCUGUUUCUGUGAUUGAAGGAACUUCCAAGAAAGCCAAAUUCGAAGAAAGUAAAAAUGAUGGUAUAACCGAAUCUGAUGUUGGAAUCACUUUAUUUCUAUCAAAAGAUUUGCCAGGGUUCAAAGGUCAAAUUAAACAGAGAUAUACUGAUUUUUUAGUCAAUGAAAUUGAUAAAGAAGGCAACGUAAUUCAUCUAAAUGACAAGGGCUUCAAAAUGCCUAAAAGGGAACAGCCAUCAAGAGAAGAAGCUAGGGCUAAGCAUGAAGUAGAACUUGCUAAAAGACGCGAAUUUCAAUUAGAUCCAGCCAUAAAGGCUGAGUUGGCGGAAAUUUUUGGCGACGAAGACGUGGAGAAGAUGGUAUCAGUUUUUCAAAACGCUAAUAAGAUGGAGACUACAAAAUCUUUUGAUGAUAAAGCCAUGAGAACAAAGAUCCAUCAACUUUUACGUAAGGCUUUUGAUAACCAACUUGAGUCCGUCACAACAGAAAAUAAUACUUUCAAGAUUGCUAGAAAUAAUAAAAAUUCUAGAGUUAACAAUCAAGAAUUGAUCGAAAAAACUAAGGACGCUAAUGGUGUCGAAAACUGGGGUUAUGGACCAGCUAAAGAAUUCUUACACUUCACUUUGCACAAGGAAAAUAAGGAUACAAUGGACGCAGUGAAUGUCAUCUCCAAGUUGUUGAGGGUUCCAACUAAAUUAAUGAGAUUUGCUGGUACCAAAGAUCGCAGAGGUGUAACGACUCAGAGGUUAUCAAUUUCAAAUAUUAACGUAGAUAGAUUGAAUGCUUUAAACAGGACGUUAAGAGGAAUGUUAAUUGGUGGUUUCCAGUUUGAAGACAGCAGUUUAAACCUUGGUGAUCUUAGUGGUAAUGAAUUCGUGAUAGUCAUAAGGGGUGUUGAAGUUAAUAAAGAUGCUUCCGUUGAUUUACAAGAAAUUUUAAGUGAAGGUUGUAAAUCUCUAGUCUCUCAAGGUUUCAUUAAUUACUUUGGAAUGCAAAGGUUUGGUACCUUCAGUAUUUCAACUCAUACAAUUGGUAAAGAGCUUUUAGCAAGUAACUGGGAAAAUGCAGUAGAGUUGAUUUUGUCAGAUCAAGAGAAUGUUCUGCCUAGUUCAAAAGAAGCACGUAAAAUUUGGGCGGAAAACAAAGACGCUGCUUCAGCCUUAAAGAAACUACCAAGACAAUGUAUUGCAGAGAAUGCCAUUCUUUUCUAUUUAUCUAAUCAAAGGAAGCAAGAGGAUGGUUCUUACUCUGUCAAUGACUAUUAUACCGCUAUUAUGAAAAUCCCAAGAAAUUUGAGAACCAUGUACGUUCACGCAUAUCAAAGUUUUGUAUGGAACGCAGUCACUAGUAAAAGAAUUGAACUAUUUGGUCAAAAUGUAACAGUGGGUGAUUUGGUGCUUGACGAUUCAAACAAUUCAUCGUUGCCAAAGGAUGUUGAUGGUGACGAUGAGAAUUUCGAUGAAGACUUACGUGAAGAUAUUUUUAUUCGUGCAAAAGAAGUUACACAGGCUGAUAUCGAUACCAACAGAUACACCAUUGAAGAUGUUGUUUUACCAACGCCCGGUUUCGAUAUUUUAUAUCCAACGAAUGAAGAACUAAAAGAGACUUACGUUGAAAUAAUGGCUAAAGAUGGUAUGGAUCCUUUCGAUAUGAGAAGAAAAGUAAGAGACUUUUCAUUAGCUGGUUCAUACAGGAACAUUAUUCAAAAGCCAAAGGCCUUAGAAUACAAAAUUGUCCAUUAUGACAGUCCGACGCAACAGUUAGUAAACACAGAUCUAGAAAUCUUAAACAACCAAAGAGCAAAAGAUAGUGGUCAAAAAUACAUGAAAUCAAAGCUAGAAAGAUUCGCACCAGAUAAAGGUGGAGAAAGCAUCGCCAUUUUAUUAAAAUUCCAGUUGGGUACUUCUGCAUACGCUACAAUGGCCUUACGUGAAUUGAUGAAGUUAGAAACUUCCCAUCGUGGUGAUAUGUGUGAGGUAAGAACGGAAAAAUAG